CGUAACGCGAUCUUAAAUUGCCCGGCGCAAAGGACCAUGGGGCGAUGGUCAGUUCUAGCGUCGCUAUGGAGCGUGCUGCAUGCGAAUCCAUGUCCGACGACCCAGACUGACACGCACACAUGGGACUUCUUGCAAGGAAGCGGGCUUGGCUUCCAUGCGCGUGAUGGUCAUGCCAGUACGACGUUCCUGGGGCAGAUAUGGGUCGUGGGUGGACAGACCGAUUCGUACACGACGCGGCAGCUGAUUGACACGACGCGGCGGUCCGACGUAUGGAUGUCCGUGGACGGAAACACGUGGACGUCCAUCAUCGACGAGGCGCCGUUUCCUCGUCGUUACGGCCACUCCUUGACCGUGUUCCCAGAACCAACCCUAAGCAGUGCGCCCAUCAUGGUGCUCAUGGGCGGCUUCAGUCCCAUCCCGGCCAACGACAUUUGGUACACCCGCGACGGCCGUACCUAGCCCCUCCCCUUGCUACCACAUCUCAUGCGUAGCGUUAGAGACAUGGACCAUGGUCAAGUCCCCCGUGCCCUGGAGUCCUCGUGGGUGGCAUUGCGCGUUCGUGUUCAAUCGGCGGCUUUGGGUCACUGGUGGAAGUCCCCUAAACAACGAAGUGUGGUCGACGGAUUCGGUGCUACAAGGCCACUGGGUUCAAAUGCCAUCGCCCGCUUGGCCUGCGCGAGCCGCGCAUUCGUGUGUGAACCACCAGCUCAAGAACGCCACGCUAGGCGACGUCUCCACCCAAGACGUGGUGUUCCUCUUGGCCGGAUGGGGCCAAAACAGCAACUUGUUUAACGACGUGUGGAGUCUCGAUGCUUCCAACACAUGGACAUUACUGACGAGUGCGGCGCCGUGGCCAGCCCGCGCGUGGACCGCCGCACUGUCGUUCAAUGCCAUGACCCAAGGAGAUGCCGUCCAAGGUCCUCGACUGUGGAUCUUUGGCGGUGGCCGCAUCGGCAAUGGAGUUCACGCCAUGUUUACGUACUCGGACGUGUGGCAAUCUCGAGAUGGAGUGACGUGGAUUGGCACGAGUUCAGAUCGGUUGGGGCAGUCCACCGUCCAAUGGUGUCAAGUCACAGUCGGCGACAACCAAGUGUGUGUCGGCAAAUGGGGGCACACUGUAUUGCUAGCCCAGCGCAACCUGUCGACGUCGGCCAACGUCUGCGGGACCAAGUGCGCCACGAACGACCAGACGUCCGUCUUGAGUGGCACUCUGAUUGGCCAAUGCAACUCGUCGAUUCCGCCGCCCGCCGCCACAACCACGUCCAAACUCGUGGACAACAUCUAUCAGCUGAGCACGCAAACGUCGGACGGGUGUGGCUCGUGCGCCACGGCGCGCUACUACAACGAGCUCACAGUACCCGCCGUGUUGUUUAUCGCUGGGUCGUCUGGUGACCACAAGGUGUCGGACGUGUUUCGGUCCACCGAUUUCUUUUUGUGUGAACUCCACGGCCAAGUAUGUGGCAACCAAGGAUACUGCAGCAUUGGAGGCGUAUGUGUGUGCGAUCCAGGGUUCUGCGGCGACUACUGCGACCAAAUUCUACCGCCAUCUAGAGCCAAUAACCUACGGUCGUCGUUGUCGUCGUGGCUAGUAUUCUUACUAGGUGCACGGCUACUGGUUGCAUUGGAAUAACACAGAGGUAUGAAUGUAUGUAUAUAUAUAUAUUAUAUGCAUGGACUGGGCAAGACAUCAUUUUUCAAGUCAAAGUCAGCUUCAAAACAUAUUCCCAUCGUAACAUUGGUCUCUAUUAGUCGCCAUUUUGACGGAUGAUGCGACGACAGCUGGAAUUCCAUUGCGCAUUCUAUUCGACGAUAAAGCCAGCCAAUACAAUUGCCGAGUUGAGUCUAAAGUUUGGAACUUUACAUUGAAAUAAUUCUGGCGGCUACACACUGCGCCAGUCUUCCAUCCACCGAGACAUUUCCAUCGCGUCAUUGGCCAGCGCUUGCCACGUGGCCACCAUGGCCUCGGCCACAUGAAACAUCUCCAGCUCCCUGACGAUUAAAUCCGCGGGGGUCCUCGCGAGAUCGUGCGGGGUCGCCAGCUUGGCAGCUUCCAGCGCGGCCAGCACCCCAUCCGGUGCGUCUUGCAGGACAUGCUGCUGCAUGCACUCGUCCAGUUCAUAGCGUUGAGCCUACACGAUAUACGUGUAACAUCAUAUACUACUCACGAUAAUAGAAUCACAUAUCAUCUCUCGACGAUGUUCAAGAGCACAAACCUAUCACGAACACGGAAAU